AUCCAUUCGCUGCUGCCUCUCUUCAAAAUCACAUUUGUUCAUUCACUUUUUCCGGAGAGCUUUGAUUUUGAAUCGAGCUAACCAGUAUAUCUCAAAUGUUCAAUUUCAUUUUUAAGACAUUUCCGCAUGUCAGGUCCUCUGCUAGAUCUUCGCUCACUGUUUUUAAGUUGUAUCGAACAAAAGCUGGAGAUGAAUCCUUGGGCCUAGCGAAGAAGAGAGCUUCAUUUGUGGCAUCUUAUCUUGUAGAUAGAUGUGGUUUUGCUCCAGAAAAGGCUCUCUCAGCUUCCAAUUAUAUGAAGUUCGAAUCCCCGGAUAAACCAGAAUCUGUGCUUUCGUUCUUAAAAACCCACGGAUUCACAGAAAGUCAGAUCUCAAAAUUAAUCCGAAAAUGCCCUCCAGUCCUGUUGUGUAAUCCUCAAAAUACCCUUUUGCCCAAGAUUGAGCAUUUCAAAUCCGUAGGAUUUACUAAGGAUGACUACACUACUGUACUGUGUGAAUGCCCUAGUAUUUUCAAGAGAAGUUUGAAGAAUCAACUCUUCCCCGCUUUAGCUUUCCUCAAAAAGUUUUUUGAUUGUCCAGAAAAGAUAAUAGUUUGCUUGAAGCGGACUCCUUGGUGUUUUUCAGAGUCAUGCCAGGCUACAGUGGAAGCCAAUAUUCACCUUCUGAGGGAAAUGACAGUUCCGGAAUCAAGCAUCUUGUAUUGCUUCCAAAACCAGCCUAGGUUGUUCAUCAAGGAUAAGGAAAAGUUUACAAUGAUUCUGGAAAAAAUCAAGGGAAUGGGGUUUGAUUCAUCCAAAAGAACAUUUAUGGUUGCAGUUCAUGUGUUUUGUUCCAUGAGUAAAUUAACUUGGGAGAAGAAGGUACAUGCUUAUAUGAAGUGGGGACUUUCAGAGGACCAGGUUAGUGAAGCUUUUGGGAAGAACCCUUGGAUUAUGGCAUGUUCUGAAGAAAAGAUUCUACUGGCAAUGGAAUUUUUUGUAAACAAAAUGGGUUUAAAGCCUUCUGAUGUCUUGAGUAACCCUGUGAUUAUAAUGCUUAGUUUGGAGAAGAGAAUCAUUCCUAGAUCUCUUGUUUAUCAGACAUUGGCUUCCAAAGGUUUAUUUAAGAAGGAACUAAAGCUAUUUGUUAGGAUGUUGAAAGCGCCUGAAGAGAAGUUUCUAAUGGAGUAUGUGAAACGCUAUGAGAAUGAAGUUCCUGACCUGAUGAAGCUUUAUCAUAUGUCUGGGCUAAUGGCGGUGCCAAAUUAGAGCUUCUCGGAUUGAUUACUGAGAUGACCAUCAUCCUGAGGUUACCUCCAAUUCACCUUAUUAUUUUGGAAAGAUCAUAUCAGCAUAAUCUUGCAGUUUUCUCAUUGUAUCUUUGUUCUAAUUUCUAGGUAGUAGUUAGCCAUUGAGCUAAGAAGUUUUGAAUAAAUAUGUGUUGCAGCCAACAAAUCGGCUACUUGUGAAGCCACAAUUCAACAUCCAUAUUGUAUUAUCUUUUGACGAGAAAAUACAGACCUGUUUGGGAAUCUAAUCCCGGUACACAUGCUCCCUUAUGCUCUUUCAAAAAAAAAUCAGUGCUAGAAACCAGCUGGUGUAAUUCCUCCAUGUACUUCAGGUUCAAACUGGUUGUGCUAGAGAUAUUUACCAUAUGAAUAAAACAUUGGUAAGUGUACAAAUAGGACCGGAAUAAAUUAUAGGACUAAAAGGUUAGUGAACUCACAAAAUUAACCUUAGUUCAUGUCACUGCAAUAGAAUUACUCUUAAGAUGAAAAUGGCAAAAGUCUCUUAUACAAAAAGCUCCACAAAAUUUGAAACAAGACAUUUAAGGAUUUUUUUUGCUUAUGGAGGACUGUUACUGUGUUUAUGCUGUAGUAAUACUGCUAUUGCCGGCUUGCCGCAAUACUGUUAAGAGCCGGUGGAGCCAGAUAGUAGCACUCUAGUCCACAGUGGCACGUGACAGUAGCACCGCUAUUGACACCAGUGCCAGCAUUCCGCCUUCAAUGGCCGCAGGGAUGGAAAAGCAGGGCCGUGUUGAGCUAUAUGUAGUCCUGGGGCAAAAUUUUAAAUGAGGCCUAUAUUCAGAGAAAAAGUACUAAUUAAAUGAACUUACUUUUGGUAUUUAUUUUUCUUGCUUUUUAAGUAGCAAUAUCACUUACUAAAGUUGUAUACUCUAAAUGUUCUAGCAGAUUAUGCUUAUAGAUACUAAACCCACGAUUGUAUUAUCGAUUAGACAUGAUAUAUGAUUUAAUUGAACAAAGUUAGAUACAAUAAAAAGUAUUAAAUUAAGAUUAAAAUAAAAAAACCAAAAAAUUAAACAUAUUACAAAUGAAUUAUGAAGUCAAAGAUUUGAAAGAAUAGAUUAAAUUGAUAUAGCCUUAUCAGAAAUACGGGAUAUAAAAGCAAUGAUUAAUAAUAAUAUGAAUAAUGGAGAUCACAAAUCAACAGAGAAUUCAGAUGUAGUAACAGGAUGCAAUCAAGUGAAAUAUGGUCAAAAUAUUUGCAGAAGAAAAAUAUGGAGAAGUGUAAAGUUUUAGGAGCUUCAAAUUGAUAGUUACUCCAUCCUACAUACGCGAUGGAGUAGUUAUGAUGAUAAGUUGGAUCACUUGUAGGUGAGGGUUAAAUUGUUAAAACUCCUAAAGACAUGAAUUGACUUUUUCCUUUUUUGUUUUAUUUGAGAUAUUUCUAACAAUAUAAUGACCAUACAAAGCAAUACGUUUACUACGUUAGUACGUACUAUGUAAUACACUAAAUUACUAAUAUGAGGCCUUAUAAUAUUUGGGGGCCUGAGGCAGUAGUCUCACUUGCCUCAAAGACUCCACGGGCCUGUGGAAAAGAGAACUGUAACAAACUAGCAACCACUGUUGAUGGCGACUUCUGGUAGUAGCAACCAUGCUGCUACCACUGCCGUACUGCUACUGCUGUCCUUAUUUUUAGAAACUAGAAAGUGUUGAAGAUGAUAUUUUUUGUGUUUGUAACUCUGGUCAUACAGUUCUAUUGUACUUCUCCCAAAGAUAUACGGAGUACAUUUCAUCCUCUCUAAUGACCAUUGAGCUCCACCACCAUUGCCGAACUUCAACCAUUGGGUUCCAGUUAUUGCCACUAGCAAUUGACUGCUUUAAUGUCAGUAUACUACCACUCGGAAACAAAUAAAAGUUAUAAUAAACUUACCUCUUGUGAAUCAACGGAAAUAGAGGAUGUCAUUGCAAACUAGUAUGAUAGUGAGUAGUGAACCUAGACACUGUUACAUUACCUAAUCCACCACCAUCGGGACAGGGCAGUGAUAGUAUGCACUCUUGAUUACUUGAGAAUUCAUAUUAUGAUUACGUAGAAUUUCAUAAACAAAUGCAUACAUCAAAAUGGCCAGGCCAAGACAGUGUAGACAGGGGGAAAACAAAGCAUCGAGUAAUGCAAUAAAGGGGAAAAUAGAACAUCCAACAAUGUGGCAGGAGAUUUUAUUGUAUGAUCAAAUCGAGGUCACCCUUUCCAUCAAUUGCAAUGGAGCUAAAGACUCACUAUUUUUUGCUUGGGAAUAUGAUGAAAUAAAGCAAAAUAGUUCACUAAACUGUCUGUGCUUCUUUGUUAUGAAGCAAUAGUCAGUUCAUGCAAUUUUUGAUGUUAUUCUCACUAUGGGUCAUUUGGAAACAAUCUCUUUGUGCUUUAGUGCAGGGGUAAGACUGCGUACAUCCGACCCCCCACCCCCUACUCCACCGUAGGUGGGAGCCUUAGCGGCACUGGGUAAUGAUGAUGAUGAUGAUGAUGAUGAUGAUGAUGAUGAUGAUGAUGAUGAUGAUGAUGAUGAUGAUGAUGAUGAUGAUGAUGAUGAUGAUGAUGAUGAUGAUGAUGAUGAUG